CUUUGUGCUCGCUUGUGUGUGUGCGCUCGGAAAGCUUUAAUUGAUCCCGUAUUCAAGCUGUCGAUCGAGAUGUUCUCAUGCUACCAGUGGCCGGAAGACUACGAAGACGAGCUGUACGGCGAGGGCGAACACGAUGAUGAUGAUGAUGAUGAGGACUCCGAGCCUAACAGCGAUCUCGAGUUCCACCUCUAUUCUCAGCUCCACUACUGCACCGAUGACCCGGAGAACCGUGAGGAGAACCGUCCCGAGAACCGUCCCGAGAACUGUGAGGAGAACCAGGGCAGCUCCGGUCAUGAGACACCUCAGGAACCUCAAGCUGGCCGGAGAGUCCAACCUCCUGCUUCUCCUCCGGAUGAAGUCAUUCUGAUCGACUCGGGCCCGGACAUCAUCACGCUUUCGGACAACACAGAGGAGGACGACAGCGUGUGUACCAGGAAAGGUCAGAGGUCAAAAGGGAAGGGAGGGGCUCCCGUCUCGCAGCCUCAGCACCUUUGUCAAAAAAGCGAAGCCGUCCAUGAAGAAGUGGUCGUCCUGGAUUCGGAGUCGGACCAGAGUUCAGAUCCGGAGUCGAUUCUGCCGUACGUGAUGGCUCCGGAUUCGGAUUCGGACUCGGAUUCGGACGGAUUGGAGAGCUGGAUGGUCCUGGGUCAGGGAAAGGAGGAAGGAGACCGAGACAUACAGCUUAAUGUCUUUCCGUUCCACAAAAGGGACCAGCCAGAGUUUGGCAGCAUCAGAGGCGACGUGCAGAACUGGGCCGUCUCGAACAAAGACAAGCAGGCUCUCAUCUGCAACAAGGUUGGCAGUUCGAGACGCACCCCGAAUCGCUACUACUCCAACAAGACGGUCACCUGCCGCAACUGCGACAAGCUCGGCCACCUCUCCAAAAACUGCCCCGCGCCCAAGAAGGUGCUGUGUUGUUCGCUGUGUGGUGUUCAGGGCCAUUUCGUGAAGAGCUGUCCGAACCGCCACUGCUCAAACUGCGCUCUUCCAGGUCACACGUACGACGACUGUCUGGAGAGAGCGUACUGGCAAAAACGCUGCCGCCGCUGCGCCAUGACCGGCCACUCCGCCGACGCCUGUCCUGACAUCUGGAGGCAGUACCACCUCACGACGACGGCGGGGCCUCCGGUCAGAUCCCCUCGUCCUGCCGCUCGCAGAUCUCACGCGUACUGCUACAACUGCUCUGGCGAGGGACACUUCGGACAUGAGUGCGCAGAGAGGAGGAUGUUUAACAGAACGUAUCCCACGCUGCCUUUCGCCUCCUCGUACGACACCCAGCACGACAUCACGAGCAGAGCGCAUCGGGCUCACCUCCAAGCCGAAGAGCUCAGAAAGGCGGGGCUUCUAGUGCAGGCCAGAGACGCUCCGACCCGGCAGCCGCCCCGGAAAAAAUCCAAAAACGCACAUUUCCGGUGGACCCCGCAGCCGCCACGGAAAAAUGCACAAUUUUGGUCGACUCCGCAGCAGCCCUGGAAAAAAGCCAAAAACGCACAUUUGCGGUCCGCACCGGUCCCUCAGACACCCGACACGUGCACGCUGAAGAGACGCAUCGCUCACACGCCUAAACAAUCUCCCCGGGGUAUCCACACGCACUGGCACGAGGACAUGAGGACGAGCACGCCCGAGCUCACGGGCAAGAGAAAGCACAAGAAGCGGAAGCGAACCGUGACGAACGGAGAACCGGACUUUCCGCGAGGCUUCCGGAAAAGUCCCCCCGACGAAGGAGCGCACUUUCGCACUCCACCGCACAGAGGGAGGAAAAGCCCGGCAGUGCUGUUUGGCUCGGGAAAGAGCAAAAAGAAGAACAAGGAGGAGGAAUGGGAGAGGAAGGAGAACCUGUUUAUGAUCAAACAAAGGAAGCGUAGGAGAUAGUGUGUGUGUGUGAGAGAGAGAAGGAAUGGUGAAGGACUAGUAAGUAAAGUUCUGGCUUUUCUUUGUCUCCCUCUAGUGUUCAUCUUGAGUAUUACAGUCAUUGAGACGCAAUAGAGAUGGUGAUGGAGUUGCAGCACUGAUAACACAAAACACCAGUCAGUUCUGGCCCGGUUCCUCCGUAACCUCCUGCAGAUGAUCUGUCUGUAACAGUAACACGCAAACGACAAUCUGUAAACCCUUUUUCCAUCUCAGCAGCUACGAAAAGCUUUUUCAAGCUUCUGGUUUGUUCCUCCAACCAAUUAGCGAACACACCGGGCGUUUUAACGUUCGCUCCGAAGGAUCUUUCAGGAAAAAAACGGACAGAAAUACUCUGCUUGCACACAAGUUUGUAGAAUCUUUCUACUUCUAAGUUGUGUACACGGCGAAUAAAAGCAGGAGUGGGGUUUUUAUUGUUUCGUUUUUUUGGGUGGUAAAUCUUCACUUUUUUUAAAAAAAAAGGACAUUUUAGCAUGAAUUAUUUACUAGCGAGCGUUUUCACUAAGCCGCUGGGAGAUUCGUCUGUAUUCGCACUCCAAUGGACGACUCGGACCCUCAGACGGGAGUCUAGGAAGCAAAGUGGGUGGAGCAUGCGCUCGUUCCAGAAAGCUGGAACAGACUGCAUGGAAGUGCUGAGAGCCAAUCAGAGUCCAAGCUUUUAAGAUCCUGACGCUCGUUGCCAGAAAAGUGCACAAAGGAUGCACGAGAGGUUUUCUACUUACGGAGAGCAAGACGACAUGCAGGUGUUUAAAGACGUCACGUGAAAACCUGUCAGUUUUAUACUUUAAACAAACAAACAAAAGUUAUUUAGUUGUGUGCGUCAUGGCUAAUUUUUUU